AUGGAGCGGUCAAAGACGCCACCACCGACUUCGCGGCCACCCGCCAAGUCGCCACUCACGCCCGACCAGCGGAGGCGCAUAGAAGAAAACCGGUUAAAAGCCAAAGCGAUUCGCGAUCAACGAGAAGCCGAGCAGCGCGCAGCAGGCACCGCGCCCACCCUUCCCAAGACGGCCGCCGGCUUCGUCCCAACCGAUGACGUCUACGUCUCCAAGCCGGCCAACGGCAAGCGUCCUCUGGCCGCCGCCGCCGCCGACACGGGCACGAAUCGGGACGGGCGCGAUCGCGGCGACGCGGCGGAGGCGCUGCGGCCGGUCAAGAAGUUUGCCAAGUUUGUCGACUACGACAUGAGCGCCAUGACGGACACCAAGGGCGGCUUCCUCUCGACCGAGGACGACCCGCACAACCGCGCGCUGGGCGGCGCAUCCAAGCCCGGCGGCGGCGAUGACCAGCAGCCGCAGCGGCCCAAGGACAUGACGAUGCGGGAGUGGGAGAAGCUGCAGCUGCUACGGACGCUGCGCCGGCAAAAGGCGGGCCCGUUUGAGCCGGGCAUCAGCGUGCUGGACGACGAGAAGACGCGGAAAAAGUGCCGCGAGUGUGGCAGCCUCGAGGUGGACUGGGUCUGGGAGGAGGUCUUUCAUCUCUGCGUGUGCAACAAGUGCAAGAACAAUCUGCCAGACAAGUACUCGCUGCUGACCAAGACGGAGUGCAAGGAGGAUUAUCUGCUCACAGAUCCCGAGCUACGCGACCCGGACCUGCUGCCGCAUCUCUCCAAACCCAACCCGCACAAGUCGCACUGGCACGACAUGAUGCUGUUCCUGCGGUGCCAGGUGGAGGAGUACGCGGUGCAGACGAAAUGGGGCUCGGCCGACGCGCUCGACGCCGAGUACGCGCGCCGCGAGGCCCAGAAAAAGGCCCGCAAGGAGCGCCAGUUCAAGGAGAAGCUGACGGACCUCAAGCGCAAGACGCGGACGGACGCGUUUCGCCGCCAAGCCGGCCACCUCGGCACCACCGGCGCCAGCAAGUUUGGCGAUGCGGUGGGCGGUCACGGAAAGCACGUGCACGAAUGGGGCCGGACGGUGGAAAACGAGGACGGCAUGACGGUCAAGACGUGCGCGACGUGCGGGAUGGAGGUGGAGGAGCUGGAGCUGUGA